UACCCACGGCACACAGUCUGGAAACAGAAGUGCAUAAAACUGUCAACUGCUUCAGUCCAAAACAAGGCAAUAAGUACCUUGUAAGUACUGAGGUUGGACUGGGCUGCAGUUAUCUCCCCCAGGUGAGCGACAUCAAAAUCUGUACAUCACCACUACCAAGAAGAAGACACAUACAGUUCAGACAUCACUGUCGGCCUCCACGAUGAGUGGCCAGAGGUUGCUGUUUGCCCUGGGGCUUCUCCUGUCUGCCUCCCUGAGUGCCCACAGCCAGUCUGCAGCGGUGAAGGAGCGCUACAACAAGUUCGUCACCCAGCACAUCAACAGCAACAUGAACGAGUACAUCUGCGACAAAGAGAUGCGCUCGCGCAAGAUCACCCAGACCAACAGCAACAACUGCAAGGAGACCAACACGUUCAUCCAGGCCUCCGCCCAGCUGGUGAAGCGCAUCUGCGGCGAGGCGGGCACACACUACCGUGACAACCUCUUCAAGAGCAACCAGCCCUUCCCCAUCAUCAGCUGCACACACCGCGGCGGGGCGCGCCACCCCAAGUGUGAGUACCGCGGCCACAAGAGCACGCGCUACAUCGCCAUCGCCUGCCAGGACGGCUGGCCAGUGCACUACGAGGACGACGACCUGGUCAUUGUCCAGCAGUGACCCACUGCAUUGGGACUCUGUCUUAAUAAAUUCCUUCUCCAAUCCC